AUGGCUAGCCCUCCUGUGCUAGCUUUCGAUGCUGAGGGCCGCCCAGUGAAGUUUGACACCUGGCUAGAUGACCUGCACCUCUUCCUACAGCUCACUGCCAAGGAGGACAUCUCACUGUAUGAUCAUGCCCUAGGCCAUGCCGCUGCCCCUGCCACUACUGCUGACAGCACUACCCGCUCCCAGUGGCAGACUCGUGACGCCCACGCUCGCUUUGCUAUUCGCAACUCCUUGCCGAUAGAUGAGCGCGAGCACUUUGGCCAGCACAAGACUGCACAGGCGCUGUACACUGCUGUCGUUGCCCGCUACUCCUCACCUGCCUCUGCCGCACUAGGUCGUCUCUCACUCCCCUACCUGUUCCCCGACCUGGCCUCUUUCCACACAGUCGCUGACCUCAUCACUCACCUCCGCACUAGUGAGGCCCGCUUUCGUGCCGCUAUGCCCGCUGAGUUUCUUACCACCCACCCCCCCCCGCUCUGGCUCACUCUCUACCACCUAGUCACCCGCCUCCCUGACACUCUGCGUGCAGUCAGGGACCACUUCCUAGCUCGCUGCCCCACUGAGCUCACCAUUGACCUCCUCGAGAAGGAACUGCUUGCAGCUGAGAAGAGUAUUGUAGCUGUAGGUGGCGACCCCCGCACCCCGUUCUUCGAGGGGUGUUCCCCUUCCCCCCUUCUCCCCUCUGUCGCCUCUGCUGCUGCUGUCGACCUCCUCGGUGCUGAGAAGGCCGGGACUACGUCUGCUUCAAGCUGGCGCCGCAGCGACAAGGGCAAAGGGGGCAAGGGAGGCGGAGGUGACGGCGGGGGAGGCGGUGGUGGGGGCGGUGGCGGCGGUGGCGGUGGUGGUGGGGCUGGAGGGACUAGUGGCAGCGGUGGGGGUGGUGGCGGCAGCGGCGGGGGAGGUGGCAGGGGCGGGGGCGGUGGUUGGGGCGGCGGUGGACGCGGCCGCGGCAGGGGCGGGGGUGGUCGAGGUGGUGGCGGAGGCGGUGGUGGACGUGGAGGCGCUGGCAGUGGCCAGAGCCAGCAGCACGCUCGUCGCUCCAGGAGGCCCCCGUGUGGGAGGCCGCACACCACGCAGCGCUGGUUCUCUCGCCUCGACGACGCUUGGCGUGCUCAGUUCCCUGAGGCCUCUGAGCUGCCCUGCUGGCUUGAUCUGCUGAAGAAGGGGGUUGAUAUCUAUGCUCUAGACUUUGAUGCUAUUAUCACUGCCAUGUAUGUGAUGUCUACUAGUGGAGAGGGUGCUCACUACCUGCGUGUUCCGCCCGACCCGGGCAUUCGGACCAGUGAGGCUGCCGCUCUAGGUGCUAGUGCGUCUGCCCCUCCAGGUACUUGCGUGUCUGCUACCCCAGGUGCUGGUGAGGCUGCUGCUCUAGGUGCUUGUGAGUCUACGCCCCCUGGUACUGAGUCGACUGAGGCACUGCACACCUUCACACUGGACUCAGGCGCUUCUCGCUGUUUCUUUCGUGACCGCACUGCCCUUGAGUCGCUUGCUCGGCCAGUUGCUGUCUCUCUUGCUGACCCCUCUGGGGGUCCGGUCAUUGCGACCUCCUCCACUGUUCUACCUUGUCAUGCGGUCCCGUCGGGCACACUGUCAGGUCUCCACCUCCCCUCGUUCUCUACGAACUUGGUGGCGGGUUGUGCGCUCCAGGACGGGGGUGUUCACCAGUUCACCCCUGCCUACGAGCGCGUGACACACUGCACGUGUGCUCGGACGGGCCAUCACCUGGCUACCUUCACACGGCAGCCGGGGUCGGACCUGUACACACUAACCACUGAGUCCCCUCAGGUAGCUGCGUCUGCGUCUGCGUCAGGUCAGCUGUCGGCCCCCUGCUCGUGUCGCUCUCUGGCGCACGAGACCGUCCUCUGGCACCACCGACUUGGUCACCCGUCCGUGCAGCGCCUUCGUGCCAUGCACAAACGGUACCUUGUCUCUGGUCUUCCCAGGGUUCUCCCUCCCCUACCACCCUCGCCUGCUCCUACCUGUCUUCCCUGUGUCGAGGGGCGGCAGCGCGCCGCUCCUCACUCCUCCUCGUUUCCCCCGACGACUGCUCCCUUGCAGACGCUCCACAUGGACGUGUGGGGCCCAGCCCGCGUCCGUGGUCAGGGUCAGGAGAGGUACUUCCUGAUUGUUGUUGACGACUUCUCGCGCUACACCACGGUCUUCCCCUUGCGCACCAAGGGUGAGGACCCUGAUGUCUUGAUCCCCUGGGUCCGCAGAGCCCGUCUUCAGCUCAGCGAGCGUUUCCGCUCGGAGUUUCCUGUCCUGCGCUUGCACUCUGACAGAGGUGGUGAGUUCUCCUCCGACCUCUUGGCAGCCUACUGUGCCGACCACGGCAUUGAGCAGUCGUUCACGCUUCCGGCCUCUCCACAGCAGAAUGGGGUUGCUGAACGCCGCAUUGGCUUGGUCAUGGAGCUCAACCUCUGGCCCCGUGUCUCCUUGUCGGAGACCUCGCCCACACUGCUGUGGACGGGGGAGGUUGGCGAUGCGUCUCGUUUCCGGGUCUGGGGAUCUCGAGCUUUUGUCCGCGAUACGUCCGCAGACAAGCUCUCCUCCCGCGCUGUUCCUUGUGUCUUCCUGGGCUUUGUCCCUGACGCGGCUGGUUGGCAGUUUUACAGCGCCACCACGCGCCGUGUCCUGCCCUCUCAGGACGUCACUUUUGACGAGUCCGUGCCCUACUACCGCCUCUUCCCCUACCGCACUGCUCCGCUCCCCCCCCCGCCUCUCUUCCUCGCGCCAGGUGCUGCUGUGGUAGACCCCCUCCCCCCUCAGGGUGCCGCUCCCUCAGGUGUGUCCCAGGUAAACCCGGUUGAGCCUGUCGAGGUAGCUGUCGACUCUCGUCCUGCUAGGGGUGCUGAGCUUGGGGGUGAGGGGCCUGAGGUUGCGGAGUCUGGGGGUGCUGAGCCUGGGCGUGCGGAGCCUGGGGGUGCGGAGUCUGGGGGUGCUGAGCCUGGGGGUGAGGAGCCUGCGGGUGCUGAGUCUGGGGGUGUUGAGUCUGGAGGAGCUGAGUCUGGAGGUGCUACACCUGGAGGAGCUCUGUCCUCCGAGCAGCUACGUGAGUGGUACUUACAGUACUGCCGCCUUAGGAGAGGUGUCUCUGGAGCUAGGAGUGCUGCUGGAGCUGGUGCUAGUGCUUCCCCUCCUAGGCGGGCGCUGCCCUCUCCUCAGCAGCUCCGCGAGUGGUACGCUCGGCACUGCAGUCUCCGGAGUGGCGCUCCUUGCGUCGUGGACCCAGGUGCUGCUGGUGCUACUGGAGGUGCUGCUAGAGCUGAUGGAGGUGCUGAUGGAGCUGCUGGAGGUGCUGCUGGAGCUGCUACUGGUGCUGCUGGUGCUGGUGCUGCUGGAGCUGCUGGAGGUGCUGCUGGUGCUGGAGCUGCUGCAGCUGCUGGAGGUGCUGCUGGAGCUGCUCGAGGUGCUGCUGGUGCUAGUAGUGCUGGUGCUGGAGCUGCUGGAGGUGCUACUGGUGAUGCGGACCCGGGCGUUGGAGCUGCUGCUGGUGCUGUGGACCUGGGCGUUGGAGCUGCUGCUGGUGCUGUGGACCCUGGAGCUGGAGCUGUUGCUGGUGCUGGGGGCUUUGGAGCUGGUGUCUCUGCUGGCUCUGGAGACGCAGCGCGGCCGCGGCCGUACUUCGUUCAGCUCCUUCAGCAGGUUCUUGGUCAGCCUCCUCCUCCUUGUCCUCCUACCUCCUUAGCGUUUCCUCCGUCUGACCAGUCGCAGUCACAGUUACCGCCUGCCUUCCCUCUCCCUUGUCCUGCUCCUUACACUGGUCCGACUGGAGGUCUUACUGAGCGUCGUGAGCCUGAGUCUCGUUUUGCGUCGCCUGAGUCUCGUCGUGCGUCGCCUGUCCGCACUGCACGCACUGGUCGUCGUGCUCCACGUGAGCGUCCUCCUCCUGUUCUAGGCACUCACUACAUGACCCUGCGUCAGUCCACUGCUCCACAGCGCGUCCCUCUGCCGUCUCCUCCUGCGUCCUCUCUUCCUGACGUUGCCGACCCGCCGUCAGACCUUACUCGUGCUGCCAGUCCUACAGUCGCGCGUCUCCUUGCCACUGUUGUCACUGACCCUACCUUUGAGUCCUCUGCUGCGUCUGCUCUAGUCGCUGAGCUUGUUGACUUUGCUGCCGCCUGUCGUCUUGACUACGCCGCUAGCCUUGUCGCUGAGUCUGAGUCUGUCUGUCCUCCGUCCGUCGGGGGUGAGUGUGCUUUUGGCACGGACGUCCUUGAGGACAGGCAGGAGGAGUUUGAGUUCUUUGCCGCUGCUUUGCCCCAUCUUGUGUCCAUGCUAGUUGCCCCUGAGGGAGACCCGGAUGCACCAGACAUUCCGACCCCACGCUCCUACGCAGAGGCGAUGGAGGGUUCCCCCACCUGGGGCGAACAUCGUCAGUGGCAUGUGGAUUUUCAGGGUAAAGCGGCCGCCGGUUCUCCGCCUGCCUUCAAGGCGCGCUACGUUGCACGAGGCUUCAGUCAGCGAGAGGGAGUUGACUUCUUCCGGACCUUCUCCCCGACCCCGAAGAUGACCACUCUUCAGGUUCUGCUGCACGUCGCCGCUCAGCGUGACUACGAGCUCCACUGCCUUGACUUCAGCACUGCGUUCCUGCAGGGCACCCUGCACGAGGAGAUCUGGCUGCGCCGCCCACCUGGCUUCACUGGGUCGUUCCCUCCUGGUACCCAGUGGAGCCUCCGGCGGCCGGUCUACGGUCUCCGCCAGGCGCCCCGUGAGUGGCACGACACACUGAGGACUACUCUUGCUGCUCUUGGGUUUGCUCCUUCUACUGCUGACCCGUCGCUGUUUCUACGCACCGACACCACUCUGCCGCCGUUCUACGUUCUCGUGUACGUAGACGACUUGGUCUUUGCUACUUCUGACACUGAGGCACUCGCCCACGUGAAGUCGAAGCUGCAGAAGAGACACACGUGCACAGACCUGGGUGAGCUCACAAGCUAUCUUGGCUUGCGGAUCACCCGGGACAGAGCACAGCGCACCAUCACCUUGACUCAGUCACACAUGGUGCAGCAGGUCCUUCAGCGCUUCCGCUUCACGUGCUCCUCGCCUCAGCCCACUCCUCUGCCUACCGGUCACUCGCUCUCAGCUCUGCCUUCGGAUGAGUCCGUAGAGCCGAGUGGCCCGUAUCCAGAGCUUGUGGGCUGCCUCAUGUACCUGAUGACCUGCACUCGACCUGACCUAGCCUACCCUCUUAGCAUCCUAGCACGCUAUGUUGCUCCUGGCCGUCACAGGAAGGAGCACAUGGAUGCCACUAAGAGGGUGUUGCGCUACUUGUGCAGUACGUCGGGCAUGGGGCUUGUGCUUGGAGGCCGGCUCGACGUUGUCCUCACUGGACACUCAGACGCUUCUUGGGCUGACGACCAGGCUACGCAGCGGUCGUCUCAGGGUUACACCUUCAGCCUUGGCUCUGGCUCUGUUUCUUGGCGUUCUACACGCUCUUCCUCUGUUCUCAGCUCCAGUUGUGAGGCUGAGAUCUACGCCACAGCCAUGGCUGCCCAGGAGCUACGCUGGCUCACCUACCUGCUGACCGACCUUGGAGAGCGACCUCGUUCUCCUCCAGUGCUGUACGUCGACAACAAGGCAGCCAUUGCCUUGUGUGAGGAGCACAGACUGGAGCACAGAACGAAGCACAUCGCUCUGCGCUACUUCCUUGCUCGAGAGCUGCAGCAGCGUGGUCAGCUUCGUCUGCGUUACGUGGCCACUCGGGCCAACACUGCUGAUGUGUUCACCAAGGCGCUUCAGGCCUGUGACCAUCAGCGUUUCUGUACUGUUCUAGGCCUUGUGCCUACUCUCCCUCACUUGCUCACUUCUUGA